CUCAGAAAUAAAAAUAUUAUUUAAAUCAAUAAGCAGGCAAUCUUUGAUUUACGCUUUGUUUAUAGAAAUCUUAUAAAAAUGAACGCUUUGGAUCAAGAUUCGAUGCCACCGAAGCGAUCUUUGAAUAGUCUUAUUAUCCACCCGGAUGUGGAACCGGGUGUAAUCGAUAAUGCUAUGCUCAUACGAUGUAUUUUAGAAAAUGGUCCAACCGAAGAGGCUGGUAGACUUUUUGCUGAAGAAGGUGUCCAUCUAGAUGAAGCUCAAGAAGUAAGACUGGAAUUCCAAAAAAUACUAAGAAUCGAUCAUCUCUGGAUGCUAAAGUCUUUAAGAAAGCUCACUUUAGCUCACAAUUUAAUUGAGAAAAUAGAACAUUUGGAACUACUCACAGGACUCAAUGAGCUUGACCUAUCCUUCAAUAAGAUUGAAAUGAUCGAGAAUUUGGAUGCAUUAGUCAAUUUAGAAGUGUUGACAUUGUUCCAUAAUAAAAUACGGAAACUGGAAAACUUGGAUGCGCUAGAAAAUCUUCUCGUAUUCAGCAUUGGAGACAAUAAGAUAGAAGAUUUUAAGGAGAUGGCGUACCUUCGCAGAUUUCGUAAAUUACGCUCGGUAAGUUUCAAAGGAAACCCAUGCUGCGAUGACCCCAUGUCCUACCAGUUCUUGAAAGCAGCUCUUUCGAGGGUCACCUACCUGGACUAUAAGAUUGUCACUGAAGAAGAGAGGGAGAACGGAAGAGCUAUGUUUAGAGGUCUUUUACGGAAAAUGGAUGAAGCGGAUGAGAAGACAGAACAGGAGAGGAUAGCUAAAGAGGAGUACGAUGCAAAAGUCACGUUCUACGCCAUGUCCUUCGUGGAAUACCUCAGUGGACCUGAACUCAUUGAAACCAUGUUUGAAAAGGACCCUGACGGGCAGAUACUUCUCAGCUUCGGUGGAGAACUUCAAGCGUAUUAUGAUCAGUAUAGAGAGAACUACGUAGAAACGAUGGCUAAUCUGGUAGAAUUUGCCCAAGAAGCAUACAAAGACAGACAACACGAAAUCAAACUGUUUAAGAACCUCGUAGAUAGUGCUCUCGACGAUAGUGUCGAGAAAAGUAAAAAAGUGUUGGAAGAGUUCCAAACUAAGAAGAAGCCGAUAAUGGCUCAUGUCGCAGAAAUUAGCAACAAGUUCACGACGAAACAGAUCAGCUUGGAGCAGAUGGAACCGAUGCUGUUGGAGAUUGGGGAAUCAUACCAUGAGCUGCUGUAUGAGCUGUGGAAGAGCCUCAUGACUACUGAGAUGCAGCUGUUUGAACAAUGCGAGGACUCUCGCGUCCAAUUCUCAGUGAAUAUGACGGAAAUGGUGACGAAGUUGCUGGAGGUGUCUCGCAUGGCGUUCGGAUCGUGGCGUGAGCACGAGGGCGUAUGGUCCACGCGACAGUUCGAAGUGCUUUCUAAAUACCUCGGGAACAAGAUCAUGCUGGGAGAUGCGUCGCCUGAACUUUUCGAUGUAAUGAUGGAUCGCGACCUCUUGAUGAACCUCGUGGCUGCAUCAUCAGACACUCACAUGCGCUUCAUAGAUGCACGAGAAGAUCUGCUCACGUCCCGCGCUAAUGCCUGGCGUGAAGAACUCGUCCAAGGAACCAAUGACAAUGAAAUAAAACGCAACAGGGACAGAAUCCUGGAGAUCAACUACUUCAUAGACAACCAGCGCGAGGAGUGGGCAGACAUGCACAUGGCACUAACCGAUACUGUAGAUCCUGAUGCUGUGGCCUUGUUGGGAGAAGAUUUUUAACACUAUUAUUAUUAAAUGUAUUUAUCAUAUGUUAUUGGUUUAUA